AUGAUAGUGCCGGCCCCGUGGGACGCAGACACUCCGUGUGAAUUCCCGCCGGCGCCGGGUGGGACAUCCGACGACCUAUUCUGGGGCAUUGUUCGCACGUACACGGGUCACUCGUGCGAGAGCCUGCGCCUGCUCUGUGAGGGAGGCGUGGCGUUGAGCAGUAGUCUCCACUCCGGGUCGGCGUGUCUGCACGACGCCGUGCGCCCGAUUGUGCCACCACAGCUUCUUAAGGCGGGGGUGAUUCCACCGAUAAUCCCAUUGGAGGAUCUCCCAGAGAUUGACUGCUGUGAGGACGUCACAGCCAUCACGAAGCUGAGGGCGCACUGCUUUCGGUACGGCGAGAGCGUGUCACGGCUGCUGGAAAUUGCAAAGGAGUGCGCUGGGAGGUGGGGUCGCCUGAGGGAGAAUGAGCGAAAGCGCCUGAGUGCCGCACUUGCAAAUGAGCGAGCCGCAAGAAUGUGGAAUGAUGAACUUCAUGGAUGCUUUACGGAUCUGAUUCUUUCGGGGAAGGGCCUGCGCCAGGUGACGGAGGGCGUGACCCGUUUUUCGAACCUUACGACGCUGGUGCUGAGCAACAACCCGAAGCUGUUGUCUAUCCCGUACUUGCCGCCUGCCUGCUUGGUGCUUGUGGCAUGUGGUUGCUCCAUUCGGGAGGUGUGUGCCUCCCGCACCCUCACUUUUUUGGGCCUGCCGUACAAUAUGGUGGAGCAGCUGGACUUCCUGGAAGGUAUGCCAGAGUUACGUGUGCUGGACCUCACCCGCAACGCCGUCUUCUGCAUUGAGGCAGCCGUGCAGGCGCUGCGUGGGCGUCCGCUGCUGGAGGACGUGACCUUCACGGGCUGCCCCAUUGCCUUGCUGGACGACUACGUUGAAAGAAUGGUUGCUGGCUGCCCUCGGCUGCGUCUGCUGGAUCACUCCGCGACCGAUGGGCUCGCCAAGCUUCACCCAGAGGCGAAUAGCAAAACAUCCGAAGUGGUGCUGCGCGUUGAGGUGGCGAAGCUGGAAGGCCUCACCGCACUGACACACACCCUUGUACAACGAGAGGAGAGCCCAUCCGCAAUUCAUGCGGAGGCAAAAGCUUCAAAGGGUAAAAAAAGGCCAGAACCGUUCCCCAGGGUCCCUUGUACGAGUGCACCACAAGCAUCAGUCUUCAAGGCUCGUGGGGCCGUCAAGGUAGCGAUGACGAGGAUGCUGGUGGUGGGAAUAGUUCUGGGGGUGUCGUUUUUGUAUCAUGUGACAACGUUCGUUUAG